AUGUCCCACAUUGAUAAGCUCGCCAUUCUGGGCGUACGUUCUUUUAGCCCUGAAGAGCCGCAAUAUAUCAAGUUUUACUCGCCUUUUACCCUGAUUGUUGGACCUAAUGGUUCCGGGAAAACAACCAUAAUUGAAUGUUUAAAGUAUGCAUGUACAGGCGAUCUACCGCCUAAUAGUAAAGGUGGUGCCUUUAUUCACGAUACCAAAGUA